AUGAUGAUUGCUGUUGUUCUCUCAGUUAUAAUCUGUGCUUCACAACAUUCCACUGUCGAUGGGAAUGCUAUUCAUAAGGCAGGAUUUACUGAUAUACCGCCUGAAUAUUCGCGAGUCAAGUCUCUGAGUGCUGUUAUUUUGAAGGGCGAUGAUGGACCGAUGUUUAAACGCUGUAACAAGACCAAUUGCUGCCCAAUUCACUAUACAUGCUGUGGGGUUGGCAGUAAGUGCUGUCUCCUAAUCUCCAUGAGACCACCUAUAGCUAUGAAGGCAAAAAAAUGUGAAUAUUUUUGA